GUAACUCUAACUGUAACUCUAACUGUAACUCUAACUGUAACUGUAACUGUUACUCUAACUUCCUCGUCCUCAUCGUCCUUAGUCCUCGUCCUCAUCCUCCUAGUCCUCGUCCUCAUCCUCCUAGUGCUCGUCCUGGUCCUCCUCAGUCUUCCUCCUCUGUCCUCCUCAGUCCUCCUUCUCCUCAGUCCUCCUCCUCCUCCUCAUCAGUUUACACAAUUUAUUGUUACUAAAAUGUUUUUAAACGCAUUUGAGUCUGUAACAUAUUGACAUGUUACUGUUACUGACUCAAAAUGUGCCCGAGAAUUUUUUUGUUUAACAGAGUUUUACUCUCCAGUACUAUGGAAAAGUUGUUACAUGAUAAAUAAAGAUUUUGAUAAAUAAAGUGAUUUUCAUCCCUUUUAAUGUUAUUGAAAAUUGUGUAGACUAUUCUUUGUAUCUAACUGAGGAUUGGAAGUUUGAGAAAGGACCAUAGUCAUUAACCGUGCUACCCAUUUCUGCAGAUAGCCUGUUACAAAUUGUGGAGACAAUUUAAAUCAAAAGUUACUAAAGCGUUCGCUAUUUGUUACGAUUGUUAUUACCAACCGUACCUCUUUCAAUUGUGGACCGGGGUGGAUGUUUCUGUCAAACAAGAGUUGGUACGACAUUGUGUUGUUUUUCGGACGAAACGAUUCUUGUUUGGAACAAGAUACCGUUUUGGGGUUCUGGGACCACCACCAAUCGA